AGCCAGAGUUUCCCCUUCUUCCCUCUCUCUCAGCCCGAUUCAAGUCCUCGGUGGACAAGAGUCUUCGUUUCCCCAAUUUACGUUUGACGGCGUUUAGUGCGAUUUCUUUGACUUGUGUGGAACCACGCGAUUUGCAAUUGCCAUCAUCAGAUAAACAUACUCUUUUCAUUUACUCCAAGCAAGCAUUUGAAAUAUUUUCCUUUUUGUGGGGCGUCGUUUGGUGCGCCUCUUUCCUCUCGCAUAUCACAACAACCAUGUUUGCCCCAUUUACGGCCCCGCCGCCGACAUAUGCUUUCGACUACACCUCACCGCCUGUGUCGCCGGCUCAAGCAUACUACUCCCCACGAUAUUCGAUUCACACCGCUACGCCAUCGCCCUGUGGAUCUCCCAAAUCAGCGCACGGACGAAGGGCAACAUAUGGACAGACUCCAUUUGCAUACACGUCGCCGCGCAUGCCCUCUGGCUGGCCUCCAUACCAGUCGACGAAUUAUUACUCUACCGGAUAUACUGGAUCGUCGCAACGAAACCCAGAUUAUAUCCCCAUUUAUACUGAAGCUGCGGCGGCGGCUGACACUCCUCGUCGAUCCCGCGCCUCCACCCAUCAUCAUCGCGCUUCCUACUCGACGCAUCAUGCGACUCCACAAAAGCCGGCAAAGCAUUCGACUCCCAAGUCGCCUUCUCCAAAAGCCACCGAAGAAGAUGCGCGGCGGGCAGGCAUCCCGGCGGGAUAUUCGUACAAGAAUUGGGAUCCGACAGAGGAACCAAUCAUGCUGCUGGGAAGCGUGUUCGAUGCCAACUCGCUGGGCAAGUGGAUCUACGACUGGACCGUUUUCCACCAUGGCCCGGCAACACCGAUUGCCGAGAUUGCGGGCGAACUCUGGCUGCUCUUGAUUCAAUUAGCGGGAAAGAUGAAGCGCGGGGAAGACUGUCUGUCGCGGAUCCGAAGCAUAGAGAAUCGAGAAUUGGUCGAGGACUUUCUCGAGAGCGGUGAACGACUGUGGGCGCGCUUUCGCAAGCUGCUCAAGGCCUGUGAGGAAUACAUGUGGAAGGCUGCAAGAAAGGAGGGAGGCAAGGAGAAGAAGGUGUCCAUGGGAAAGGACAGUGGAUGUGAAUUUGUCGACGCGAUCUUUGGGCGUGACCGGGAACUGGAUCUGACCGAAAAGAUUAUGCAGGGAAUGCGAUAUUGGAAAGUGCGUUUUGACGCAAAUUGCGAGGAUAUUCUCCGACAUCCAUCCGCUUAGACCUCCUUUGCGCAAGCUGCCGGCCACACAUUACAAUGGCUGGCGACGCUGGUUCGAACGAACAACAACAACUACUAUUACUACCACUACCAUUACUACCACUACCACCCCCAUGAUAUCCCCCGUUACUGGGAAUUUCAAUUUGUCUCG